UGUGAAUCACCUGCUCUUGGUACAGUGCUGUAUGUAUGCAGGGUGGGUCUGUCCAAGCUUCUCUGGAAACAUACUCUUGGACACCUCCACAGGAUAUGAAGAAGUACAGCCAUCUAGCAAAUCACACAGCUAUGAGAGCAGAAAUUGUGUUUUUGCAUGCAUUUGAAAAGGUUUUUAGGCUCCCUCUGAGGUGUUUGGCCACUGCUGGCAACUCCAAGGUAAAGAUGACAGUGAUGAAUCACCUGAGAGGGAUUCUGCAAGCAUCUCCAAGGACAUUGCUGUGGAGAAGGUCCCAGGUUCCUAGGUCUAUGCCAGUAAGGUCCUGCAGUCUCUACACCUGCACAUUCAGAACUCGGAACCGAGUCUAUAUGGGAGAAUCCUACUAUAAGAGAACCAGGGAAACUUUGCUAAGGAGGGAAGAAUUAAGCCCAAGACCUAAAGUACCUCCACUCUGGGAGAACUUGGACCUUGUUCCUGCGGGUGAUCGGCAGUCACCCAUCAACAUCCGAUGGAGGGACAGUGUUUAUGACCCUGGCUUAAAACCACUCACUAUCUCUUAUGACCCGGCCACCUGCCUCCACAUCUGGAAUAAUGGGUACUCAUUCCUCGUGGAAUUUGAAGAUUCUACAGAUAAGUCAGUGAUUGAGGGAGGACCCCUAGAACACAACUACCGACUGAAGCAGUUUCAUUUUCACUGGGGGGCCAUUGAUGCUUGGGGUUCCGAGCACACUGUGGACAGCAAAUGCUACCCAGCAGAGCUGCACUUGGUGCAUUGGAAUGCAGUCAAAUUUGGAAGCUUCGAGGAUGCAGCACUGGAAGAAAAUGGUUUGGCUGUGAUUGGUGUAUUUUUAAAGCUAGGUAAACAUCAUAAAGAACUACAAAAAUUGGUGGACACUUUGCCAUCAAUUAAGCACAAGGACACCCUGGUGGAAUUUGGAUCAUUUGACCCUUCCUGUCUGAUGCCUACCUGCCCAGAUUACUGGACCUACUCUGGGUCUCUCACUACACCACCCCUCUCAGAGUCUGUUACCUGGAUCAUCAAGAAGCAGCCAGUAGAGGUUGAUCGUGAUCAGCUUGAGCAGUUUCGGACCCUGCUUGUCACCUCUGAGGGGGAGAAAGAAAAAAGAAUGGUGGACAACUUCCGCCCACUGCAGCCACUGAUGAACCGUACUGUCCGCUCAUCCUUCCGCCAUGAUUAUGUGCUCAAUAUACAAGUGAAGCCCAAGCCAGCAGCCAGCCAAGUCACCCCUUAAGAUGUUCAUAUUUAGGCAGCAUAUUGUUUUAAUGUAUAUUUGCUUAAAAUCUUAACUAGGUUAUUUUAAAAUGUCGCAUUUAAUAAUACUUAUAUGUAUACAUGUAUGUUUUUUUCUUUCAUUUUUGUAACAGCAUUUCAAAAUUCCUAUCCUUGUAAAGCAAAGACUUGGAGAUGAAACAAUAAAAACAAAAACCCAUAACCACAUAACAUCAGGAUACCUUAGGGUACUUUUUCUUGUGACAGGAUUAAGGCAGAGGAGUCCUCAUUAUGCCAAUUGAAAUGGCCUGUUCGGCAUUUUCUUGUUAAAUCUCUCUAAUCUCUGUUUCUCAGAAAGUCAGAGAAACUUUAGUUUCUGCUUGAGAAAAUGGAAGUUUAAUGUAAAUGACCCAUCUUGAUUUUUCCGUUUGGGCCUAAUACAGGAGCUUAACCCACAACAAGAGGUUCUUGUGAAUUUUAUUUAAUGACAUCACUCUUUUGUUCAAACUGUUAAAUUAUCUUAUCUUACAGUAUUGGUCCCACUCAGAGUAACCAUCAUUUGGAGUUGCUGAUCUCAAAAUGGCAUCAAAGGUUAUGUGUGCAUUUCUUAAUUUCAGAGUACUUUAUCUGUCUUUUUUUUUAAAGAUAAGGUUUCUCUGAGUACCCCUGGCUGUUCCAGAGCUCACUAUGUAGACCAGUCUAGCCUUGAACUCAACAACAGGAAACAUUAGGAGAAUGCAGAACAAAACAAAAUGAGCUAUGACAGCAUGCCCAUCAUGAUAGCCACUAUCAGAUGAGAACAAAAUACCAAGUGUUGUGAGGAUGUAGAGAAGUGUCAUGGUAUAUCCACCAAAACCAGAAUUACCAUAUGAUCCAGAAAUCUCACCUCUGGGUAGAUAACCCCAAGAAUUCAAAGCAGGAUCUCAGAGAGAUAAUUGCACACCCUUUCUCAUAGCAUUAUUUCCAGUACCUAAGAGGUAGAAGCAACCUAAAUGUACAUGGACAAAUAAAUUGAUAAAGGGAAUGUGGUGAUUUCCAGCAUUAACCUAAUAUCCAACUCAAAGUUUUUAUUAUUAAGAACAAUUAGAAAUUGUGCAACAGAAAGUUUUACUCCACCAGUCUCUUCUACAGUGAUGUACUGCGUCAUUCCAUGUCCAGAAACAUGGAACCACCAUGGACUAAAACCUGUUAGACUCCAUACCAGACUGCUGCUCAGGCUACAAUACCUGUAAUAGUCCCUCUAGUCUUCCCAGUCCACAGAUAUUGACAGGCAACCUAUUGAGACCAAUUCUGUGACUAUCUACCUAAUGGACUCCCAGGUGUCUGAUUUUUCACUUGAGGGGUUUGCAAGCUCAGAUACAUGAAAGGAAUAUGGGUUGCUAGCAUCCAUUCCUCAUCCCCUUUCCUGCCAUCUACUGGGGGAUCAGGAAGUCUGACUGAAGGCUUAUGCUGUAAACCUUUCUUACUUUCUCAGAGCACUGUAAGCAGGAACCCCGACUCCAGCCUCCUCUGUAGGACCUGAUAUCAGAGUUCCCAUCAUGCUAUUUGUGGUAUUGGGGCCUGAAAUCCUGAGUCCCAGCCAUGUGGCUAUUUGUCUGACUGUCCAUAGAAUUAAUAACUUUGAAUACAUUUUUUAGCCCCAACAAUCUGUCUUAGUGUCCUCCUUAAUGCCCAUACCCAAAAUUUAAAUACUUCUUUCUUUAAACUGUUCCUCUUCUUUCAACUAUUUGUUAUAGUAAGAAAAAGGCUAACACAAAUGGAUAGUGUUAGCAUUGCAGGAUGAAAAAGUUCUAGAGACCUAUUGAAUGUGACUAUGUUUAGCACUAUUGAACUAUAUACUUAAAAAGACUUAGGAUGACAAAUACUAAAAAUGGUUAGUAUGGUAAAUUUUGUGUGUGUUUUACCACGGAAGUUAAAAAAAAUCAGUCUUAAAGAAAGAUAAAGUUUGGUAUACAUGUAAACCUUGGGGAUAUCUCUUCUGUAAACAAAAGGUGAAAGCAGACUUUUGCUCAUGUGUCUUGGAACCUGCAAAAGAUCCUUAAAGUGAUUAAAACAGGUAUGAUGGUUA